CGGGCAGCCGGCAGCUUCCCUUUUUCUGCUCUGCUCUCGGUGGGCGCCGGGCUCCUUCCCCCCAGUGCCUCAGAGGCCGCGGCAACAGCACCAUGGCCCCGCACGUGGCCGCCGUCCGCCAGACCUGCUGCUGCUUCAACGUCCGCGUGGCCACCACCGCCCUGGCCAUCUACCAUGUGAUCAUGAGCGUGCUGCUGUUCAUCGAGCACUCUGUGGAGGUGGCCCAAGGCAAGGCCUCCUGCAGAACCUCCAAGGCCGGCUACCUCAGGAUCGCCGAUCUGAUCUCCAGCUUCCUGCUCAUCACCAUGCUCUUCGCCAUCAGCCUGAGCCUACUGAUCGGCGUGGUCAAGAACCGGGAAAAGUACCUGCUACCCUUCCUGUCCCUGCAAAUCAUGGACUUCCUCCUGUGCCUGCUCACCCUGCUGGGCUCCUACAUCGAGCUGCCCGCCUAUCUCAAGUUCGCCUCCCGGAGCCGCACUGGUCCCUCCAAGGUCCCGCUGAUGACCCUGCAGCUGCUGGACUUCUGCCUGAGCAUCCUGACCCUCUGCAGCUCCUACAUGGAAGUGCCCACCUAUCUCAACUUCAAGUCCAUGAACCACAUGAACUACCUGCCCAGCCAGGAGGGGAUGGCGCGCAGCCAGUUCAUCAAGAUGAUGAUCAUCUUCUCCGUGGCCUUCAUCACCGUGCUCAUCCUGAAAGUCUACAUGUUCAAGUGCGUGUGGAGAUGCUACGGGCUCAUGAAGUGCGUGAACUCGGCUGAGAGGAGGAGCGACUCCAAGGUGCUGCCGAAGGUGGCCCUGCCGACCUACGAGGAAGCCCUGUCUCUGCCGCCCAAGGCUCCAGAGGGCGGCCCAGCGCCGCCCCCGUACUCGGAGGUGUGACCCUCACCAGGACCGGCCCCGGCGCCUCCUGGUCCGCUUCUUUGCUUCGGUGGCGCCGUGGCCGGGGAGGCCCACCCGGCUGACUUCUGGACGACGUGCUUGUGCCCCUCGCUGGCCUGCCCCUCCCGCGGGGCCUGUGAGAUGCUCGCGGUGGGGUCGGCCUUGACUGAACGACUCCUCCUCGGGUCUCCUAAAAACUCAGUCCAACGACCCUCGGCUGACUGCCGCCGGCUGCGACGCUGGUCCAGGCCACGUGGCCGUCCCCAGCUGGGUGCGUCUAUCAGCUGAAUCAGUGUAAGCAAGCAACUAACAAGGCGAAGCACACUUGCCAAUGCAGGCAAAUCCUUGGCUCAGCUCGCAGCCCGUUGCAUUCGUGUGUAAGUAGCUGUCAGUUUUCAUGGCAAUGAAAUCAGCGGUUAGCCACCCGCCAGACAGACACAUUGAAUCAAUUUCUGCAGAUAGCUUGCUUAACCAGCUGCUGAGACAGCCAACCGUCACGUAUACUAAUGACACAAGGCAUCCGCAGGUCAGUGAUGAAAUCCAAUGAAAAGUCAACUUAGUCCCCAAACCUUCCAAUUUAAACCAACCCACCAACUGGGCUGCCUGCUCUGGUCUGUUUCAUGCCUCGUGUGGCCGGGCCGUUGUUCAUACAGGUGCAAAUUUGGCCACACGGAUGCCACACUCACCCCAGGGCUCCCUGCAGGAAGUAGCAACUGUUCGAGUGAUACGCAAGUCCCUUCUGACACACAAGGGUCCCGCUCAGCGCUCAGUGUCGUCCGCACUCCAGCGCGCUCACGCCUGCCUCCCUCUGGCUCUCCAUGGUCAGUGCAGUCCCCCAGCGAGGCGUGCAGAACUGGCUCCCUGAGCUGCCAGCCCGCUCCCCAGCCCCAGCCCGCCCAGUCCUGGGCCAGUGGGUUGUGGACAAGCAGAAAGCCAGCCCGGAAAUCGGGCCAUCAGGUCGUUGGACUAAAAUCCAAGGUUGCUUUGGUCAAAACAGGCGUGCCCUUGGUGGGCGCAGACCCGUCUGCAGGCUCAUGGCUGGGGGUGGCGGUAGGAAGGUUUUGGCCCCAAGGUUUCUCUUGCCUGCUUCCCCACGGGCCGGGGGUCCUAGGGGCGCUGGCCCAGAGGUACAGGGCGGGGGAGGCAGGUUCUAGGGGCUCUGCCAGGGAGGGCUGGGCAAGAGGCUGCCCCAAUGCCCCUUGGGUCCUUGCUUUGUGUUUGAGGGAUGAGGUUUCAAUAAAGCA